AUGCUCUAUUCAGACGACAGGACAGCACGACCCUCGGUAACUUCAGUACACAGCUGAGUUGUUUGAGACGACAAACUACUAUUUAAAUAGCAGUUAUUUAUCAGAGGACCAAAAACUCCUUUAUAUAUUAAAAUGAAGUCAAAGCUAAUAAAACCACACCACCUCCCACAGUUACUUUUCGAACAUCUUACUUUGUGACGCACAAUUACGAUCCAACUUGUUACACAUAUUUUACUCAAUAUUUAUUGAUUAUUUAAAUUAAACAAACAUUUGUUUAAGUACCCUAAUAGUAAGGUUUUUUGGGUCAUGAAUUGUUCACAUAUUUUUGUACGGAAUUGUUUGGAUUGGUUAAAUUGAUCGGAAUAGUGGGUUUAAUUCAUAAUUUAGAUAUUUAAGCCAAGCUUAUUUGUUGAAAAUAAAACAUUAUAAUUAGGUGCUACAAAUAUAUAAUAUUAUCACUUCAGACUUCAGUAGGUAAUGUAAGGUGUAUCUUUUACAAAAGAUAAAAGAAACAAAAUGGAUCCGUACUCGAAAGACUUACUGUGGUUAGUUAUAUGUGGUUUUAUAGUAGCUUUUAUUUUGGCGUUUGGUAUCGGAGCUAACGACGUUGCAAAUUCCUUCGGUACAAGCGUGGGUUCCAAAGUCCUCACACUUACACAAGCAUGUAUUCUAGCGACCAUUUUUGAGAUCGCUGGAGCUGUGUUAAUUGGCUAUAAGGUGUCAGAUACAAUGCGCAAAGGUAUACUGGAUGUAUCUUUGUAUGCGGAUGGAGGGGAACGUCUGUUGGCUGCUGGUUGUCUUGCAGCGCUGAUAGCGAGCGCUGUCUGGUUGAUUCUUGCUACAGGAUUAAGCUUACCCGUGUCUGGGACUCAUUCCGUGGUAGGAGCGACUGUUGGUUUUACGCUAACAGCAAAAGGUCCGAUAGGCGUACGAUGGUCCACACUCGGGGCAAUAGUCUUAUCCUGGUUUAUAUCUCCUGUGUUAAGCGGUGCAGUAUCAGCGUUUCUAUAUUGGCUAGUCCGUAAAUUCAUUCUACGUUCUUCUCAGCCAAUUAAGGCUGGAUUGCACUCACUUCCGUUCUUUUAUGGAGCAACAAUUGCUGUUAAUGUUUUGAGUGUUGUGCAUGACGGCCCAAAAUUGUUAGAAAUGGAUAACAUACCGCUUUGGUUAGCCUUAGCCGGUUCAUUGGCACUUGGUGCUAUUGGAGCACUAUUAGUGCGUGUUUUCCUGGUGCCCUACUACCGUCAACGUCUUGUACCGCCACACGUUAACUUUACUGUAGGACUUUCCAAUGAAACAACACCAGCCAAUACUCCAACACAUAACAAGAACAGCACCGCCCAACGUCCAACUUCUCUGUUAUCUGAAGACGGAAAACUUCUUGAAGUAAUCACAGAAAGUGCAGAAAUGGUUACACUUAGUGACGCUGAUAAAUCUUCAGUCGGUGUUAAAGAAAUGAAUGCCAAGAAUCGAGCUUUGUUAGCCACAAUGGAUGACUGCAGUAUUCUGUCUCGAAGCUUAAGUCCUCCAAAUAAAUCCCGACUUCAAUUAAUAGAUGCAGACCCGCAAAUAAAUACACUCAAAUAUAUAGACGAAACCCUUAGUUGUUGCAAGAGUUUGGAUUCAAAUCAGUUGGUAGGAAUGGGCGAGAGUUAUGAUUCAAAGAAUGGAUUUUUAGGCGAUUCAUGUGACACAAUAGCACGCGGUGAGUUUGGCCGAUUAUCAGCUUUGAUGGCACUACCAACAACUGUAGAAUUCGACACGCCACCACCAAGGUUGGACAAGGAUCCAGCGGUGGGCAGCGCUUGGAGCAUCGAGUGUGACAUACGCAGGUCCCGCUUAGCUGCACUUACUCCCAACUCUAGCGCGGCGCCUCUACUGCGAGCGGCCAGUCCUCCGCGCGCCCCACCGGCUGCACCACCAGACACUUUCCGCCUCUUCUCCUUUCUACAAGUUCUCACAGCCACCUUCGGGUCGUUUGCUCACGGAGGAAAUGAUGUCAGUAACGCGAUAGGACCAUUGGUGGCGCUCUGGCUGUUAUAUUCUGAAGGAGGCGCCCACGCGAAAGCGGAGACACCACUUGCAAUACUUGUGUUCGGUGGCGUGGGUAUAGCACUGGGACUUUGGCUGUGGGGACGCCGAGUCAUUCAGACGGUAGGAGAGGAUCUGACCAGCAUAACACCCGACACAGGUUUCACUAUCGAGUUGGGAGCGGCUCUGACUGUGCUGGUGGCGUCGAAGGUGGGGCUACCGGUGUCCACCACGCACUGUAAGGUCGGCUCUGUGGUUUGUGUGGGAUAUUCCUCCGAAAAUAAGGUGGACUGGAGCUUGUUUAGGAACAUAAUAUUUGCGUGGGUGGUCACUGUACCGGCGGUGGCGGGAAUGUCAUCGCUCGCUAUGCUUGCUCUUGAAAAAUUCGUCGUUUAAAAACAACCUUACAUUUUUUAACUGUUAGCUAUGGAUUUAUCUUGAAUGUAACGAAUUGUUGAAGUAUAAAAAAUGUAUUGAUUUUCGGAUAUUAUUUAAGCGAUGCGUUAGUUUAUUUUAUUUUAGUCUAGCUGCAACCCUAAUUGUAAUUAAAUUUUUGAACAUAUAAUUUACAGUCACUGUAGAUGCUGUAGAUGUCUGCUGCUAGAAAUUAAAUCUACGACCAUAGAUUAUCAUUUUUGGUGUUAACAAAAAAAAAGUUAAUUUAAAAUUAAAUAUAUUUAUAUAGAUGUGUCACUGUUCGAUGUCAGUGUUGUCAUACACAAUUUUAGAAUCCAUAGCAAUAGUUAUUUUCGCGAGUUAUCUUCUAGAUUUCUAGACCAUCGUUUUGUCAACACUAUGCUCAGUUGUGAAGUGGACGGGUGAAUUUAAAAGAAAAAUUGAAAUUUGUAGUACUUAAUCUCUUGUCAAUUUAACUAUUAUACGUCUUCACUUAAAAUGAAAUCAUUAACCUACAUCACAUCUAAAAAAAUUGUUAACAAAAUAAACAAAUUCUGAUAC